AUGGCUUCUCUUCUCCAACGGCUCCUGAAGAAGCACCCUCCACCUCUUCCCCCACUCCAAAUCCUCUCCUCCCUCAACAAACUCCAUCCCCCAUUCACAAACCCUAAUCACUCCCACCCUCCUCUCCAACCCACCGACUCAAUCCCUAACCCUCCCCUCCUACCUCCUCCAAACCCCUCUCCUCAAUCCCUCCACAUAUAUCCAACUUUUCCCCACUUCGUAGAUCUACCAACGAUUUCGAUUUCCCGGUGCGUCGGAUCGGACGUCGAGGACGGCGGUGAUUGCGACGAUCGCGGCGGCGAUCGGACGGUGUGGGCCGACAGCGUGAAGAAGAAGAGGAAGAGGAAGAUGAACAAGCAUAAGCUCAAGAAGCUGCGGAAGCGCCUCCGCCGCAAGACCUAG